CCUUCCAAUCCCUCGAAAAUCUCCUCAGACGACUGCUGCGAGGUGGUCGGUCUAUUCCCACCUUCCUCUCACUUUCUCUCUCUAAUUAUUUUCGUCCUUAUUUCUUUUGCACCAAGCAAACAGAUAUAAUCGAGUCAGACCCAGAAAAAUAUAUUUAUACUAAUCAAUAAAUUAUUUAAAUAAAUACUUCAUAAAUUAUUCAUGAACUCACAACCAUCGCCUUUAGUCUCUGCCGCUCUGUAAUCAAUUAUUCAGUUCAUUCAUAUCCCAAGAAUAAAACUUCCAGGAGACAGAAUCAAGAUCAAGCCGUGAAGAGAUUUUUGUUUAUAAGAGGAUUGUUAAUGCAUUGGUGCUGUUAGCGGUUAGUUAGUUCGUAGUCACACAGAAAGGGUUAGUUCCUAAUCGCAGAGAAAGGGAAAUAAUUAGUCGAGUUUACAUCACUGUCAUGGCGCAGAGGAGCUUGUACAGAUGUGGCCACUCAUUGGAGCAUGUGGAUUCGCAGUUUUCUCUCUAUGGAAGUGUUUCCCCACGAUAUUUUCUUGAGUGUUUAUACUUUAUGCCAUCAGUUAUCCUUUUGAAGCCGAGUUUGUAAAUAGAAUUUGUUCUUGUAGAUAAUGGAAUCAAAAUCAGUUAAUGUAGUAUUAGAUGAUGGUCGUGAGAUUGUUGUUGACUUGAAAAACUUGGCACAUAGGAUUGGAUCUAGUUGCAAGUUGUUGUCAGUGCAGUCCAACCAUAACUCAAUUGUUAGCAAGCUUGGCAAGAGGAAAAGAACGGAUGAAUGCCAAACAAAGUGUGACUGUCACUUGCAGAAAUCUCUGCUCAAAAAUUACUCAAACUUUAUGAAAAGUGGACCGCCAAAACGCUUACUCUUUUAUCAGAAUAGUGAGUGGAAUAAUUUUACUCAGGAUGUUAUUGAUGCUGUAAAAGAAGAUUUUCUGACAAAGAAGGCUGCAAUUGAGGUACAUCUUAGCGAUUCUCGUAUAAUUCUAGAUGUCCUACGUAUGGUUAAAGUAGAUUUAGCAACAGGUUUACAAAAGCCUAUUGCAUGGAUUGAUGAAGCCGACAGAUGUUUCUUUCCAGAGAUAUAUUCUGCCGAUGUUGAUAUGCAUGAUACCUGUUUAACCGAGUCUAAAAGAGAUGAAGAAUUUGUUGAUGACAACCAAAAUGGAGCUUUUGAAAUAAAUUUGCACCUUGAGAUAGGAGUAAAUGGAGUGAAUAAUUGUAAUACCGAGGAAUGUGUGGAAGAAUCAAAUUUCAGUGCAAAGAAGUUGAAAAUUAACCAAGAACAUCUUCAAAAUUACUCUGAAUUUUCUGGUGACUACAAAGAUAAACAAAGAUCUGAUGCAAAAAGAGGACAGGGUUAUGUCGAAAACAAACAGACUGGAGAAGAAAUUUCUUCGAGGUUCAACUCUGCAUUUAAAGCUGUGGAUUCAGAUGCUGUAAGAAGCAUGUUUCUCAUGGGAAUGAGUCCACUUGGAAAAGUGGAAAUAGUUGAAAUUAGCAAUUGCUUUAAUAACAUGUUGCAAACCCGUUUGGAACUGUUCAAGAAGCAGGUUGAAAUCACACAAAUGUAUCGUGGGGACGCAAAUGUUCAAUAUGCUUGGCUUGCUUCUUCCAAACAUACAGUUCCUAGCAUUAUGAUGUAUGGUUUUGGGCAUGGAGGACCUGAAUUUAAGACCAAAUAUGGACAUGGAGCUCACCUCACUGCUGUAAAUAGUGCCUAUGCCAGUGCAAGUUAUUGUGAUAUUGAUGAAAAUGGGGUGCAACAUAUGCUGCUUUGUCGCGUCAUAUUAGGAAACAUGGAACCCUUGCAUCCCGAAUCUCAACAGUGGCAUCCUAGUGAUGAAAUCUAUGACAACGGUGUUGACGAUUUGAAGAAUCCAAGUCAUUAUAUUGUUUGGAAUAUGAACUUGAACACACACAUCUAUCCAGAAUAUGUUGUUAGCUUCAGAGUAUCUCCUGGGCUUGAAGGGUGUUCUGUUGCGGAAGGGAGCAGGCUUGAUGUGUCUGGAAUCACUAGUCAGGGAGCACAGUGCCAGUUACAGCUUGAUUCGCCUCCAGAUGAAUGGGGGAGAAAUUGUGACACCCAUGAGUUCGUGAACAAAUUUGCGCAAGAGGCCCCUAGCAUUGGGUUGACUAACUCCAAGGCUCCUAAAUCACCUUGGAUGCCUUUUGCUAAGUUAUUUGAAGCUAUUUCGAAUAAAGUUUCUCCUGAGGAGAUGAAAUUGGUGCGUUCUCAAUAUGCGUUGUUCAGGAGCAAGAAAAUCACGCGAGAUGAGUUUAUUAGAAAGUUGAGAUUGAUAGUUGGGGAUCAGCUGUUGAAGUCAACUAUAAUUGGUCUCCAAUCCAAGCCACCGACCAACUCGACGUUUUCUUUGAAAGCUCCAAAGCAGGAGCUAGGAUUUUGAGAGUGGUUCUACAUUAUUGCUUUUUGUCUUCUCGUUGAUUUUAAGUUCCAUGGCUUCAGAAUGUAUAAUGAAUGUAAGUUCCUAUCGAUCUAGUCAUAGGAUUAUCGAUCUUAUAUCUGUUGCAGUUUUCGAUUUUCCCUUGCUCCAGCAGUCAAAUGUAAGUUUUAAGCGUUGCUUAUUUUCAUGCAUUUACUGGAUGUUAGAAACUUCUGUCAUGAAUUCAAGAGUUUAUUCUGUUAUAUUGGUGUCUACUUCCUUCC